CCAAGCCCUGACAUUGCGAAGAUGGAGGCUGUUAUGGUUUAGAGUAGGGCGCUACACGGAAAGCACAAACAGCGAGUUUCUGAGGCCUGUUAUGACAACGUCCCCAACGAGUCCAGGCGGGAGGCAGGAGGUGUGAGCAAGAGGACCAGACGCCAGCAGCAUGUACUCCGAGUGGCGCUCGCUGCAGCUGAUGGUGCAGAGCGACCAGGGUCACCUCAGCGUCCUGCACACCUACCCUCCCAGUGUGGGGACAGAGGUGGCAAAUGCAGUGGUCAAACCUCUGGGCACGGCAGUGAGCCCUGUGGCCACAGAAAACAUCCUCAAAUCAGACAAAGAGGUGAAGUGGACCAUGGAGGUGCUGUGUUACGGCCUGACCCUGCCCUUAGAGGGCGACACUGUCAAGCUGUGUGUAGACGUGUACACAGACUGGAUGAUGGCAUUGGUGUCACCCAGGGACUCCAUGCCCCAGUCUGUGGUGAAGGAACCCAAUAUGUACGUCCAGACCAUCCUGCGACAUCUCUACAAUGUAUUUGUCCCAAGGCCUGAGCAGCACAGUCUGAACCACAUCAGGCUCUGCCAGCAGGUUCUGACGGCGGUCCAGAAGCUGGCACGAGAGUCUGUCUCCAUGGUGAGGGAAACGUGGGAGGUGCUGCUGCUCUUCCUGCUACGUAUCAACGACACCUUGCUUGCUCCUCCAUCGGUUGGUGUGGGCGUAGCAGAAAAACUGGCAGAGAAACUGAUGGCAGUUCUGUUUGAGGUGUGGCUUCUUGCAUGUGCCCGCUGCUUUCCCACGCCGCCAUAUUGGAAGACCGCAAGGGAAAUGCUGUCCAACUGGAGACAUCAUCCUCCAGUUGUAGAGCAGUGGAGCAGAGUAACUUGCGCUCUGACUUCAAGGCUGCUGCGCUUUACUCACGGACCGUCCUUCCCACCUUUUAAAGUUCCAGAUGAAGAUGCCAACUUGAUUCCUGUAGAGAUGGACAACGACUGUGUGGCACAGACGUGGUAUCGCUUUCUCCACAUGAUCGGCAACCCGGUGGAUUUGAGCAAUCCGGCCAUAGUGAGCACCACUCCAAAGUUUCAAGAGCAGUUUUUGAUCUCCAGUGGGAUUCCUCAUGAAGUAGUUCUGCACCCGUGUUUGAAACAGCUACCCCAGAUCUUCUUCAGGGCUAUGAGGGGCAUCAGCUGCCUCGUGGAUGCAUUCCUAGGUAUAUCACGACCGCGGGCGGACAGUGCCCCGCCCACCCCAGUGAACAGAUUGAGUAUGUCUCCGCCCCCUUCCAUCGCCAACACUACACCCCCACACAGCCGCAAACAGCGGCAUGCAGUGGUCACGAAAACCACCAGCAAGAGCUCAACUAGCAGCAGCAGUCAGCCAUUCAAAGUGUCCCAGCAGCAGCAGCCGUCAUCCUCUCCCACUCUGCUGUCCAGCCCCAACCAGAGCAGCUGGGAGGCCCGGCCCCUACCGGCCCCUGCGAGGCCAAAGGUCAACAGCAUCCUCAACCUGUUUGGCCAGUGGCUUUUCGACGCUGCUCUUGUUCACUGCAAGCUGCACAGUGGCAUGAGCCGGGACCCCAGCAUGACCGCCUCUUUUAUCCAAAUUCUCCUUUCUUAUAAAUCUUCGAUAGCCACUCAGAUGGGCUUGGAGCUGAGGAGGAAGGGUUCCCAGAUGUCCACAGACUCCAUGGUGCCCAACCCACUGUUCGACAUCAACGAGUUCCCCGAGAGCUACGAGGCAGGACGAGCCGAGGCCUGCGGGACGCUGUGCCGCAUCUUUUGUAGCAAAAAAACCGGAGAGGAUAUUCUUCCUGUUUACCUGUCUAGGUUCUACAUGGUUCUGAUUCAGGGUCUCCAGAUUUCUGAUUUUAUUUGUAGACCCGUUCUGGCUUCUAUCAUCCUCAACUCUUCGUCUCUUUUCUGUACUGACCUGAAGGGCAUCAAUGUGGUGGUGCCCUAUUUCAUUGCUGCUCUGGAAACUAUUGUACCAGACAGGGAGCUGUCAAAAUUCAAACUGUAUGUAAAUCCUACAGACUUGAGGAGAGCUUCCAUUAAUAUCCUUCUUGCCAUGCUGCCUCUGCCACAUCACUUUGGCAACAUAAAAUCUGAGGUUCUGUUGGAGGGAAAGUUCAACGAGGAGGACGGCUGGCCUCAUGACCAGCCCAUCUCCUUCCUGUCUCUGAGGCUGCGUCUUGUUAACGUCCUCAUUGGAGCUCUGCAGACCGAGACUGAUCCCACCAACACCCAACUAAUCCUCGGUGCGAUGCUAAACAUCGUCCAAGACUCUGCGCUGCUAGAGGCCAUAGGAACCCAGACCGAAACGGGCAGCAUAGAUGGAAGCCAUGUGAUGCUGAGAAGUCAGAGUCACAGUCGCACCAACAGUGGCAUCAGCUUUAACAGCGGCGGAAGCACGGAGGCCACCAGCCCAGACUGUGAGCGUCCGGCACAGGCGCUGCUCCGAGACUAUGCUCUUCCAGAUACGGCUGCAGGCCUGCUGGUGCGCAGCAUCCACCUGGUCACACAGAGGCUCAAUUCUCAAUGGAGACAAGACAUGAGCAUUUCUCUGGCUGCGCUGGAGCUGCUGGCAGGACUGGCCAAGGUGAAGGUGGGAGUUGACUCUUCGGAGCGUAAACGUGCCGUCAGCUCCAUCUGCGGCUACAUUGUGUACCAGUGCAGCCGGCCGGCCCCUCUGCAGUCCAGAGACCUGCACUCCAUGAUUGUAGCUGCCUUCCAGUUUCUCUGUGUGUGGCUCACAGAGCACCCCGGCAUGUUGGAUGAGAAGGAUUGUUUGAUGGAAGUGUUGGAGAUCGUGGAACUGGGAAUCUCUGGGAGCAAGUCUCGCCAUGAACAGGAAGUGCGUCACAAAGUGGAGAAGGAGCACAAUCCAGCUUCAAUGAGGGUGAAGGAUGCCGCUGAGGCCACGUUAUCAUGCAUCAUGCAGGUGUUGGGGGCUUUCCCUUCUCCCAGUGGACCUGCAUCCACCUGCAGCCUGCUAAACGAAGACACACUGAUACGCUACGCCAGACUGAGUGCCACAGGAGCCACUAACUUCCGCUACUUCGUCCUGGACAACUCUGUGAUCCUUGCCAUGCUGGAGCAACCUCUCGGCAAUGAGCAGAACCCCAGUCCGUCUGUGACCGUUUUGAUCCGAGGAACAGCAGGACGACACGCCUGGACGAUGCAGCUCUUCCAUCAGCCAAGAGGGGCUCGUGCCAAUCAAAGGAUGUUUGUUCCUGAGAGCCGCCCGAUGCCAAACGACGAUGUGGGCAUCAAGUACAACAUAAAGCAGAGGCCCUUUCCAGAGGAGGUGGAUAAGAUCCCUCUGGUCAAAGCCGAUGUCAGCAUUCCAGACCUUGAUGACAUUGUCAGUAAGGAGUUGGAAAUUCAGCACAGUAAGCUUCGUAGUCUGAUGGCCAAGCAGAUUGAUUAUGAGAACACUUUGGAGCGGCGCAGCGAGGAACUUCUAAAGUCCAAGUCCUUCCCAGACCCUCAGACGGAGUGCAAACCUCCUCCGCCCUCACAGGAGUUCCAGACAGCACGCCUCUUCCUCUCUCACUUCGGUUUUCUGUCUCUGGAAGCGUUAAAGGAACCCAACAACAGCCGUCUACCUCCUCAUCUGAUCGGCCUGGACUCAUCCUUGCCAGGGUUUUUUGAUGACAUCAGCUAUCUGGAUCUGCUUCCCUGCCGACCGUUUGACACUGUCUUUAUUUUCUAUGUGAGGGCGGGACAGAAAAGCAGCACUGAGAUUUUGAGGAACGUGGAGUCGUCAGCUACUGUCCAGCCCCACUUCCUAGAGUUCUUGUUGUCUCUGGGCUGGCCUGUGGAUGUGGGCCACCAUCCAGGGUGGACGGGCCAUCUGGAUACCAGCUGGUCCCUGAACUCCUGCUUUGACAGCACUGAUCUCCAGACAGAGGAAGGAGCGAGCCCCGAGGACACGGGAGGUUCUGUUUUCAAUGGAGAGAAGAAAGUUUUGUACUACGCUGAUGCUCUCACGGAGAUCGCCUUUGUUGUUCCCUCUUUAACAGAAAAUUCAGAAGAGUCAUCUGUGCACAGUGACUCCACAGUGGAGGCAGACACCAACACCGACCUCAUACCUGGAAAGCAAUCUAAUCUCACACUGGAACUGUUCCCCAACCACACUGAGAGCCUUGAGUCUGCUAAAAAGCUGAGUCCUUUGGAGAAGACAAAGAGGUCAUUGACUGGAAAGUCUUACCCCCAGCUGGGCCCUGAGACCAAAGUGUUUGUGGUCUGGGUGGAGCGCUUUGAUGAUAUCGAGAACUUCCCGUUAUCUGAUCUGUUGGCGGAAACCAGCACAGGCCUGGAGGCUAGCAUGAGCAACAGCACUUCCUGCAGGUCAGGGCUGUUGGAAAAGGACGUUCCUCUGAUCUUCAUUCAACCGUUAAAGACGGGACUCUUCCGGAUCAGGCUGCAUGGAGCUGUGGGCAAAUUUGGCCUGGUGAUCCCCCUGGUGGAUGGCAUAGUGGUCAGCCGCCGGGCUCUAGGGUUUGUCGUGCGUCAGACGGUGAUCAACGUGUGCCGACGGAAGCGCCUGGAGAGCGACUUGUACAACCCGCCACAUGUGAGGCGAAAACAGAAGAUCACUGAAAUUGUGCAGCGCUAUCGCAACAAACAACUGGAGCCUGAGUUCUACACCUCCCUCUUCCACGAAGUUGGAGAUGGAAAGGCUCAUCUCUAACCCCACUCCCUCCAUCCUGUCCUAACACUGGCUCACACACACUCUUACCCUGAACCUCUACACAACAUACAGUUGCGUUCACACAUACAUCCACAAACACACACACAAAAAUCUUUAUAUUUAUACUGUACUAUUUUGUUAUUUAUAUGAAUACAUAUAUCAACACUGUUUGCCUUUGACUCCGAGAUCAAAGUGUCAGAAACCAUGCCAAGGUGAGGGAGAAACACCAACAUUUCUGUAUUCCAGCUGCUCACCCUGGCUCUGAAUGAUGGAGAGUCUAAUAGUCAUUGUCUCUGUUCGUGUUUAGGUUCAGACUUUGCAGCAAAGAAAAGGUUUGCUUGGUCUUUAAUGCAAUACGUCACUAACAAUGUUGGCCUUUCUGAACUUGUAAAAAACGUUCCUUACACCUUUGUGAUUAUUACAUGAUUUUAUGGAGUUUAGUAACAUGAAAUUGUGCCCAAAUCUGUUUUUAUCAUCAAUCAAAACAGAUUUCUGUUUGGACAUUUGCCAUGGAUAAAAACGUUUAAUUGACACAACUGUGUUUUUGCAAGACAAAGAAGAUAAGGUUGACCCAUAAUCUUAUCUCACCACUAACUAUCCACAUUUUAUUUCUUGCUAGCGCCAGUUACAGUCUUCCUCAUGCAAACCUCACGUUUGGCAUUUGGUCAGUCCAUCAGUUUCCUCCCAUUUUCUUGUGAUCUUUUACUGAAUGCGAAUGUCAUUUUUCAUGUCCCCUGUGCUUCAAGCAUGACUCUCCUAUCACACAGCUGCCAGUACUGUGUGUUUCUUAUUUUGCUCGUUCAGCCAGUCAGUCGACACUACAUGAGGUCUGGGAGGUCUUAAGAGUUCUGAACGUGGCAUUAAAAACUGAAAGUUGUCAUUUUAAAUUAACGAAAUUUCAAGACUACAUUUUAUUUUAAAUUAUCAUUUUUUUUUCCCUUCAGAAUCUAUCAACAAAAUGCCAUUAGUUUCUCAGUAGUGCUUUAGUUUACUGAUAGAGGUUCUGGGUUUGGUCUUGAUGCUUGCAGGGCUAAGCUUAGACCAAACUCAGGUCUGGUUUAGGUGUGAAGCCGCUGCAGAUACCAAACUGAAACUUUGCACAGUGUGUGUCUUCUAAACAACAUCCGUAAGAUGGUUUCUUCAGCCAAAGCGCUCGCCGUAGCUCACAGUUUGAUGACAAAGUGCACAAAUCUUGAGUCAGCCAUGUGUGUAAAGGCUUAAGAUUUCUGCACCAUGCUAUAUAAACUUUGUCAAAUUUGCUGAUUUAAGCUGUAUUUCUUUGAAAACCCUUUAAAAAAAUUGAACUUCUGUUAAGUUUGAAGUUUUGGCCUACACAAAUGUACGUCGAACUUUCAUUUUUGCUUUAUAUUUCACUUGUAUUUUUUCACUGUAUCUUAGUUUUGAUGAAUGUCCUCUGACUGUCUGCCUGUAAUAAUGUGACUUUUAUUUAUCAGAAAGAUGGAACAGGGCAAAACACCUCUUAGUUUCUUUUUGAUAUAUUGGAUAUUGGAAAGUCUUAAUGCACUGAGCACAUUUUAACAAUUUUCUUUGCUACCUUACAUGUCUUUUUGUACUUCUUUGCAUUUUGAAAGAAAAUACCUGCUGAAGGAAGAGUUUUAUCUUGUGAAAUAUGAAUGAAGAGGCUUUGUGGAAUUUUUAACCUAUCAUGUCUAAUUGUGACUCACUUUUUAUGACAGUGCUAUAUGCACACGCCUUUUCUGGAAGGAAAGUUAAUUAAAUAUGCUUUGAAGAAAUUGCAUACAAUCAGUCACACAUUGUUUCUGUUACUCCUCUGUUGUUGACUGUAUUUAAGGACUUGCUAUGUAUAGAAGUGGAAGAUUUGUAAAUAUAAGAUAGCCUAAGGCAUUCACAAAUUGUCUGUAGUGUUUCUCAGCUGAGGCGAUAGAGGAAAACAAUGUAUGUACGUCUGCAGUUAUGUGUGGGAGGAACGCAAUGGGUUUGAAUGUAACAUGCAUCAAUUAAAACUAUUAUUGACCUUUUAA